CUCCUGGACUACGACGCCGCGCCCUGCCACAACCGCUUCUGUCCCCUCUUCCAGCGCGUGGCUCCCCCUUUCCUGGCCGCCACCUCCGCGGUGGCCGCGGUGGCCACCGGGGCCCUGCUGGUGGCCCUGGCGCGGCGUCCCCAGGCGUGGCGGUGGCCGCGGAGCCGGGCUCUGCUGGCACAGCUGGCCGUGGCCACGGCGCUGUUCGCAGCGCUGCUGCCGGCGCUGGCCGCGGCCGCCGCCCGGGGCUGGCACCUGGGGACGGCUCCUUGUCGCCUCACGCACCUCCUGUGGCACUGGAGCGUGUUCGCCCAGGCGCUGCUGGUGGCCAGCGGCUCCUGCGGCACGGCCUGGGCUCGCUGGGAGCCGCGGAGCCGCCGCCUGGCCGCGGGGCUGUGGGCGGCGGCGCUGCUGCUGGCCACGCCGGCGGCUCUGGUCAGCGGAGCGGCCGCGGGGAGCGGCUGUGUCCGGCGGAACGUGGCCGUCCUGGCCCCGGUGUACCUGCUCCACCUGGCCCUGUGCCUGUGCCUGCUGCUGCUGCUGCCCGCGGGGCUGCUGCUGGCCGCGCUGGCCGUGCCGAGCCUCAGGGCGAGCUGGGCGGCCGGAGCCGGCCUCACCUGGCUCUUCCUGGGGCUCUGGGCUCCGUACGCGGCGGGGCUGGCCGGGGAGUUCCUGCUGCAGGCCGGGCUGCUGGAGCCCACCUGCGGCUCCUUCGAGCACUUCGACCUGGCGCUGGGGCUGAGCGAGGGGCUGGGGGUGCUGCACUGCGGCCUCGGGCCCCUGGCGCUGCUGCUGGCCUGGGGCUGCGGCCGCGCUGAGGGCGCUGCUGGGGGCUGCUGA